CCCGGCCAACGGGUGAGGGCGGCGCUGCGAGCUCCGAGGCAGCUGGGGCAGCCUUCACACGUGACGGAAGCACCAAGCAAGCCACGGAGCCCGUAGACGCCGCGCCGAACGAUGCCCGUGGUCCGCCUGCCGGCCACGCCGGACGGCGGGCAGCCCCCGCGCCUGCGGCCCGAGGACAUCGCCGAGAUCCCUCCCUUUAGACCGAGCUUCAAGCCCGAGGACCUCGCCGAGAUCCCGCCUUUCCGCGGUGCUUUAGAUGAGAUCCCGCCGUGGCAGCCGCCCGUGACGACGAGUCCGGUUUCGAGCAACCCGGAGGGCCCCGACUUCAUCGAUGAUGAUGCGAGCUACGACGACGCGCCCGUCACAAAUGAUGCGGGCACGGAGUACUGUGUGCUCUGCGCGCGCGCCGUCGAAUAUUCCGCGGACGGCAAGCAUGCGGAGGCGGCAACACAGAUGGACGCGGCGCUGGCGACGGGCCUGGCGUCCGAGGACCCGGUCAUGCUCACGACGGCGCGCGUCGACGGAGACCGGGCCUACUUCGGCGCCGGUCUCCUGAGUGAGGGGGUCGAAGUGGUGGAGGGCGACAGUUUACUGCAUCUAUUGCUGCGGAACGAGGCGGCCGUGGACACGGUCAACGCUUGUUUAAAAGGUGGCGCCGACGUGCGCGCCGUCAACGCGCGGGGCGAGCACUGCGUCGGUUUGGCCCGCAAGGCGCGCGCUAAAGCCGGCCAGCGCCGCGGCAGCUCCGAGACGGCCACGGCAGAGGCCGCCGCACGUAGGGAAGUUGCGGCGCAGGUCGCGCAGCUCGUCGACAAGAAGGCCGCGCAGGGCGGCGCGCCGCCGCGGAUCUCGAUGGGCACGCCCCAAAAAAGUGGGCCGUCGACGCCCAAGUCGCCCGGCCGGCGGCUCGCGACGACACCGAACAGGAAGGGCGCGCCGUCGCCCGUCUCGGCCGCCCGCGAGGUCGACUGCUGGCGGCGCGUCGCCGCGCGCGCGACCGAGGCCGCGGACGCCGUCGAGGCCAAGGUGCGGGGCUUCGUCGUCGAGGGCGACCCGGACCAAAUGGGCGAGCGGGCCGUGACGGCGACGCGGACGACGCUGGCCGAGGCCCUCGCGUGUCGAGGAGAGACGUCGUCCGACGCGGAGUUGUACGCGCGGGAUUUGCAAAGGUUGCGCGACGACUGCCGCAUCUCGCAAACCGCCGAGGGCGAGGCGCGGUCUUUGUACGUCGAGCUCGAGGCGGCCCACGAGGAGUUGCUGGUGCGAGCCCAGGAGACGGAGGCCGAGUGCCGGCGGUGGCGUGCUGUGUGGAAAUCAACCACGGCGACAACGUCGCGUCGAUGGCGUGGGGCGUCCGAAAUUUGAUUUCCACACAGGUGGCGCGAAGGCGACGAGCGGAAACGGCACCGCCGCGAGCGCGAGCGCCUCGAGAACGAGCGCGACGCGCUGCGGGACGAGAACGACGCGCUGCGGGCCGAGAUGGCGAAAUGGCGCGCGUGGGUGAAAGAGCGCGGCGACACGCUCGAGGCCUACGGGCGGCGCGCGGUCCAGGCCGAGCUCGACCAAGCACGCGCUCGCCUGAACAAAGUACUAAAAAUGACGGAGGCGCUCCAGGCGAAGAACGUCCAGAAAGCGCAGGAGCUUGGCUUGGCGAAGCGGCGGCCCCAGAGCGCGCGGCCUCGGCCCCAGAGCGCGGGGCCGGCGCGCAAGGCCGUCGCGAUGAGCGCGUCGCUUGCGCAACUACCGGCCGUAUGACUUAAGUGUUACUCUCGAGCGU